UAAAACUGCUGAUUAUCGGUUGUAGUGUGCACUACUCAGGGGACAAGAGCUGUACUGUUACACACUAUGUAGUGUACUUAUAUAGGGCGUAAGAAGGCGUUUGAGAUUCAGCCUAGUCAACUUUGUCGCUGUCAGUAUAAAAGGUGGAACAUUUGCACACCUUGUUGAGUGAGUUAGGACGUGUGUUUUCAUAGUGAAAAGUUUAAUGUUGCUAUAAGACCGGAACGCUAUAAUAUUAAAGUUAAGCUUUAUACUUUGAAUGAGUGCAGCUGAGCAGCUAGUGUAGUGUUUGCCCUUCAUUAAAUUAACGCUACGUUGCUCUUCCAAACAUUUCAGGGUUGUUGUAUGUUUCAGCGCUUUUGUCGCCACAAUGCCGUCCCGCACGGAGGACUACGAAGUUCUCAGCACCAUAGGCUCCGGCUCGUACGGAAAAUGCCAGAAAAUUAGGAGAAAAUCCGACGGAAAGAUCCUGGUGUGGAAGGAGCUGGAUUAUGGCACCAUGGCAGAGGUGGAGAAGCAGAUGUUGGUGUCGGAAGUGAACCUGCUGCGGGAGCUGAGACACCCUAACAUCGUCAGAUACUACGACCGCAUCAUCGACCGCACCAACACCACUCUGUAUAUCGUGAUGGAGUUCUGCGAGGGCGGUGACCUGGCCACUCUCAUAAGCAAGUGCAUUAAAGAGAGGAGGUAUCUGGAGGAGGAGUUUAUCCUACGCGUCAUGGCUCAGCUGUCUCUGGCCCUGAAGGAGUGUCAUGGCCGGAAUGAUGGAGGCAGCACGGUCCUUCAUCGUGAUCUGAAACCUGCUAACAUCUUCCUCGAUGCCAAGCAAAAUGUAAAACUCGGCGAUUUUGGCCUGGCAAGGAUUCUUAAACAUGACACAAGCUUUGCUAAAACCUUUGUGGGGACUCCGUAUUACAUGUCACCUGAACAAAUGAAUCGCAUGUCCUACAACGAAAAGUCAGACAUCUGGUCAUUAGGAUGUUUGCUGUAUGAACUCUGUGCCUUGUCUCCCCCCUUCACAGCCUAUAACCAGGAGGAACUGGCUGAGAAGAUCAACGAGGGGAAGUUCAGGAGGAUUCCAUACCGAUACUCGGAUGAGCUGAACACGCUGCUGUGCAGGAUGCUGCAUCUAAAGGAUUACCUGCGUCCCUCGGUGGACUCGAUCCUCCAGAGCUUGUUAAUCUCCACGUAUGUGACUCAGGAGCAGAAGAAGGCUCAGGCGAGGCAGCAGCGGGGGUCAUGUGACCUGGAGCAGCCUAAACUGGUGGAACUGAAGCUGAAGGAGCAGGCACUACGCCAGCGCGAGCAGGACCUUAAGGAGCGAGAAGAGAGACUGGAGCAGAAGGAGCAGGAGCUGUGCAUUAGAGAGAGACUAGCGAACGAGAAGCUGACCAGAGCAGAGAGUUUGAUGAAGGCCUAUAAUGUGAUGAGGCAGCAGAGGGCACACUCUCCACUGUUUACAGAAGACAGAGAUGAGAGCAAGAACAUGUCACCUGGAAAGAAGAAAGUCCAUUUUGCGGGUGACAGCAAAGAGAACAUGUGUCCUGAGCAGAAACUCGGCAUCAGAACUCAGGAGCGUGUGCUCAUUAAGAAACUGCAGGCCGUUAAUAUAGGAGAAAUGGAGAGGAAUUAUCAGCUGAAGUGCAGGCCCAUGCAGGGUAUUCGCUAACACUGACGGAUUACAAGCAAAUCCUGAUUUCAGCACAAUGUAUCAUCCCUGAAAAAUGACAUAAACUCUCCACAAAGCAUCAGAAGCAUCUACUAAAGACUUCAUUGUGAAAGGCUUCAGAAAGAUUGUGGGCUUUCCUUAUAAGACACGAAAUCAAUCUUAGCUGGACAACUUGGCCUUGUUUUAAGUUCAUGCCUUUUCAUACAGCUUAAUAUCAAGGAUUUCAAGAAGUGUUAUAUUUAUUGUGUUUUAGAAAGUGAAGUUUGGCCAAAGGUCUAACACUGGAUAAUUGUAUUUAAUGUUAGUUAUGUGUUUCUGAGAAUGUGAGUGUAAAUUGUGUUGGUGCUUAACUUUAUUUUAGUCAUUUUAUUUUUAGUAGUGUUGUAUGUUGUAAAUGUUUGUACAUUUAUUGUGUAGAUCAAAAGAAGAGAAAAAAACUUUCUUGUCUGGUUA